AAAAAAAAAAAAAUUCCCUUCUAGAUGACUGCACGAUCCCUGCCAGCGGUACAGUCUGAUGAACGACUCCAGCCUCUUUUGAGCCACCUCAGCCAUGCCUAUGUGGGUCAGGACUACAGCAUUCAGAAGAACAUCGGAAAAAUUUCUCUUGAGCAGAUUGAUGCACUCUCGGGCAAGUCCUUUCCUUUGUGUAUGAGGCAUCUCCACAAGGCACUGAGAGAGAACCACCACCUUCGGCACGGUGGACGCAUGCAGUAUGGCCUCUUCCUCAAGGGCAUUGGUCUUACUCUGGAACAGGCCCUGCAGUUCUGGAGGUCAGAGUUUGUCAAAGGGAAAGUUGAUGCAGACAAGGGUGCCCAUUCCGCCACAGCGACCCUGAGCUGUUGAAACAGAAGUUGCAGAACUAUAAAGUCUCCCCUAGUGGGAUCAAUCAGAUUCUGGAGCUGGUCAAGGGAAUGCACUAUCAGCUGGCCUGCCAGAAGUACUUUGAGCUGACACACAAUGUUGAGGAUGCUGGGUUUUCUCUCAAUCACCCUAACCAGUACUUCACUGAGAGUCAGAAGCUUCUGGAAGGAGGCCGUGAAAUCAAGAAAGAAGUUGAUAUGUCACAAAGAAGCCAAGAAAAUCCUGCCAACAUGACCCGUCCAUCUCAGGCAAACUCCAAACAGGCCCAUGAGGAGAUGGGGGAUUUAGACUCCUUCUUCCAAGAUGAAUGAUUUUGUAGAACUUGUAUCAAAUUUGAAAUGAAUAGACCCUAUAGGGCCCUUACUUGCAUUCACUGUAUUUGAUACAAAUUGUGUUUUCA